AUGUUGGCCGCCGCGGCGGCGUUGUGCCCGCGCGGACCUCCUCAUGGCGUUGUCCCCGCGGCGGCGUCCCCGGUCUCCUCCGGCUUACCCGUCGAUGGAGCCCCGGCCGCCCAGGCCUCCCUUCCUCCCACGGCCGCAGGCGGAUGCGCGGUGCGCGGCGGCCGGAGCGACGAGGCGGUGGCGCUCGCAGGAGGGCGAGGAGCGGUGGUGCGCGCAGGAGGGCGGGGAGCGGCGAAGGCGAAGGCGGAGUGGCACGGACUGGGCGAGAGGGCGGGGUGGGGCGCACGCCGGCUUCUCCUCCGCGCCCUUCCUCCUCCUCGCCCACGGCUCCUCCCCUGCUCCGGGCAGAGCUCGGCCGCAGUCCCCCUGGCGGCGGCGCGGGCGGACUCGGUCGCGGCCCCUAGCGCGCAGUGUGGGCGGAGCUCGGCAGCGCCGCGAGCGGAGCUCGGCCACGGCCCCCGGCGGGCGCUGCGGGCGACGGCUCCUUCCCCUGCUCUUCACUCCCUCUCUUGCUCCUCUGCCACCCAGCCCGCCCCCACGGCUCCUUCGCGCGGCGGCGCGGCGGAGGCCCGUGCGCUAGCGGCGCGGUGGAGGCUGCACGGUGUAAGCAUCUAG